AUGGCAUGUCUUCACGCUUCCAGCCUCACAUCUGUAGAGCUGAGAUGGCACCUCUCCCGCGUUGCUGCGAUGCAGGGAGGAGCAGAUGAGGAUGAUAGUGGUGACGAUUCUGACGAAAAGAAAGGAAGAAGAGCUCGACAUCGGGAGAAUAUGGCUCAGGGGCCAGAUGUUGGCCCGCUCUUGGUUGAAGCCGAGGCCGGACAACGUACCUACUUAUCUCGCGCCUCUUCAGUCCUCAACUGUUGCGAUCAAACUUUUGGUCUUGAGUUCGGAAGCUUAGGACUGAAGGUUGAUACUAGGAAGGCGGUCAAGUGA